AUGAUCGCCCCGGCCAUGACCUCGCGACAACAUUAUCUCGACUCGCAUCCGAGCUUAGGCGCAUCCAUGGACGACUUCGAAGCCCGCGAAUUCUCUCCCACUAUCCCCGACAUGCCUUCGCAGCACUCUGGCUUUCGUGAAGGCUACCAAAGCAACCAGCACUCCGAGUACAGCGAACGAAGCUCGAGGAGGAGUUACUCCCCGCCUGCAUGGCGCAAGGCUGGCAGUGGCUGGUUCCAACACCACCAAGCGCUCUCGCCGAAUCGCAGAGGCUACAACAGCAAGGACCCAAGCCCACAGUACCACAGCGCGGACGAGGAGGGCGACAAUGGCGACGUGACCGCAUAUCGGACUGCUAGGCGCAUCCCGUUGCCCGAGUCACCCGUCAAAGGUCGCACUCCAAGUGGCACUCCAGAACCAGCAGCAACAUUAGCAGCAGCAGCAGCAGGCGACAAAGGUGGAGGCACGAGCGCGACGCCGACCAUUCGAGGGAUCAGCCAUGACCCGGAACCAGAGGAUGAUAUCGAGUCGCCCACACUGCGAACACCUACACAGAACAACUACAUCCGCUUUUCAACAUCGCUUGAUGUUGUGCAAAGAACCGAGCCCAUCGAGCAAGCAGUGCGCGGUGUACGAAAAGCCAUAGACCAUGUCACCAAGUCAACAUACAACACAUUCUUCUAUGCGUUGUCGACACUGAUGCUGUACUGGGUGGUGGUGAGUCUGCUAUCAACGCCUACCAAUGGACCAUCGCCGGAUCUGAUCAAGGUUGCUGGCCUCGCGAAGUCUUUCGAGCCCGUUAUCUAUUACUCGGAGCACGGCCAUGCACAGAUUGAGCAAUUACAGGAAACUGGCGUCGCGGUAUGGGAUCUUGGAGAGAGCGUGCGAAGUACCAAUAUGACCUCGGCGCCACUCAUCGUCAAUCAACUCGACGACCUGUCUGACAGCUUGAAGACCCUGGCACAGGAGUUGACGAGAUUCUUCGCUGGUGUCGAUGCCGACAUUGAUGGCAUUCUCAUCGUGAUGGAGUGGGCGCAGCGAGAACUCGCCACGAUCUCAAGCGAGCCACCAAGCACGAUCACAUCAGUAUGGUCAAAUGCGCACUCCUUCUUGACCAAGACUGGCAUUCUGAGCGAGAGCAAGCUCAUGCAGGAUUUACUGGGCCAAACGUAUCAGCAACGUACAAAGUCGGCACUUGAGCGAACCUUUCACGAGUUCCUAGGCGUUCUAGAGGAGAGCAUCAACAACGAACUCACCUACUCCAUACAGCUAUUCUCACUCUUCGAGGCGAUCGACAAGCAGUUCCUCAACCUACAGCGAACGGUCAUCCGGGAGCAGGAUCAACAGGAGCGCAUGGAGAAUGAUUUCCUUGGCAGUCUUUGGACCAAAGUCAUCGGCGUGAACGCGUCGAAGCUUCGCAAGUAUGAGAAGAACAAGAACUUGCUACACUCAGUCCGGGACCGGACUGUGCGCAACAAGCACAUCCUGGUCGACCACAACCAGCGUCUCCUCCAGCUCAAAUCGAAUCUCGAGAUUCUGAGGAGAAAGCUCGUCAGCCCGCUUGUACGAUCAGCAAACUCCAGCACAUUGUCUGUAGACGAACAGAUCAAAGGUCUCGACACUACAUAUCAGCAGCUGAAGAGCAGCCGCGAGACACAGAAGAGGAAGAUGAUGGAGAUUGUUUAUGGCGCCGGCCACAGACGGGUGACGUUACCGGGUGACGCGAACGACGACCGCAGUAUUGAUGGCGGCCACGUUACGUCGGCAUACUCAUGA